UUCUAUUGACUUAAGUGAAAUAAAGUCUUUUUCGAGCGGUGCUUUGACAAUGAUUACAAAUCUUCCACAUUUGACAUUCAUCCAGCUAACACUGCUGGUUGGCGCAUUAUCUCAAGCGGUUCAACUGGAUGAUAACUACGUGAACCGAGUUGUAGGUGGACAGGAAGCAGCCAAUGGCUCCGUUCCGCAUCAGGUGUCACUUCAGAUAGCUAACUUUGGACACAUGUGUGGAGGGGCUAUCAUUGCUGAUCGUUGGGUUCUAACCGCUGCACAUUGUGUUGAUAGGCAAAUUCCAGAGCAGAUGAGUGUUCUCGUUGGAACUAAUAGCCUAAAAGAAGGAGGUAGCCGCUACGAAACUGAAAUGUUGAUUAAACAUGAAUACUACAAUAGCCCUCAAUUCCACAACGAUAUUGCGUUGAUUCGUCUAAAGUCGAGCCUGCAGUUUACCACUAAUGUUAAAGCGAUUGAGUAUUCUGAACGAGAGGUUGGCGCUGGCCAGGCGGUUACUCUUACUGGAUGGGGAAGGAUUUCGGUUGUAGGACCCACUCCAACCAAGUUACAAACGAUCGCCCUGCAGUCGAUUAGUAACGAUGAAUGCAAACAGAAAUCACCGGGAUUAGACAGUAAUGUUGAUAUUGGACAUGUUUGUACUUUGACCAGAAGUGGAGAAGGGGCUUGCAAUGGUGAUUCCGGAGGUCCACUGACAUUGAACGGAAAGCUGAUUGGCGUGGUCAAUUUCGGUGUUCCCUGUGCUCUAGGGUAUCCUGACGCUUACGCACGUGUUUCUUACUAUCAUGAAUGGAUACGCACAACAAUAGCAGAAAAUGUAAUUUAAAUGUUUGCCUAAAUUAGUUCAAAAAUGUUCCCGUUUAAUUUUGUACUCGCGAGCCACGUUAGAUCGGCGGUUUGUGAAUAUGUGCACGGAAAAUUAAACAACUAUAAAAUGUUGGUCGCCGUCCAGUGGCGGCGCUAAGCUUUUUGCCGCUCGGGGCAGAAAGUUCAAUUUGCCGCUAGUUACAUAUUUCUGACUAACCAAACUAUCUAAUCAAUACAGUUUUCCGCGUAUGUUGAUGAAAAUUGGUACAAAAUAGUUAACAACAAGGAUUACUUUGAAAUUUAUCUGUUUUUUUUACACUGGAUGUAUUCGUUUUAUGAAAACUAAUUAAUGAAAAACUUGGUAGCGUCGCUAUGAAUUUCAUUUUUUGGCAGAUUUUUUAUAAACAAUUAAUAAUCUUGCGGAAUGAAACCCUUUUCAGCCAUUUUCUCGAUAAAACAUAUAUUGCACCUAAAAUAAUUUAUUGGUUUUUUUUAUUCAACCUUCAAUAAAGAAAUUGAUAUAUAGUACAAAAGCCCGGACCAAAUU